CAACGAGGUCGAGAGAAAAGCGGAGACGGGCAGACAUCAUUUCUCUCUCAGCGUCUUUGGACUAUACACACGAAGGCAAAGAGCCAACAAAUAAAAUCAUUUACUAAACAGGAAUAUAAUUAUCUAAAUUAAUUCACAAAAUUAGCCAUGGCCGACACAGCUGUUGACACGACCACAACUGCAGAGGUUACAACCAAGGAGCUGAAAGAGAAGAAAGAAGUAGAAGUGGAGGAGGAGGAGAAGAAGAAGACCGACAACGGGGACGCACCUGCCAAUGGCACAAAUGGUGCUGAUCACAGUGACAAAGUGGAAGAACCCGCAGAGGAGGAACACAAGAAUGGAGAUGGGAAUGCAGAGGAGGCGCCCCCUGCUGAGGAGACUGAUGCACAGCCGGUGAAGCGUGCUGCUGAGGAGGAUGAGGAAAAGGCGGAGACAAAAAAGCAGAAGACAGAGGAAAAUGGAGAUUCAAAAGAGGCAGAAGUGGAGGCUUAGAUCUCUGCCCUGCAACUUGUUUGCAGCACUGUCUUACCAGCCUGGUCAACAUAAUGUUGUAGAGCUUGUGCUUUCUGUUUCUUUGAGAGAGAUUUCUUUUUGUUUGCUCCCAUGUUAUCACAUUGCACUGGAGUCCUGAAACAUAGUGGCCCUGCAUCCUUUUUUUUAUGAAAUGUUAUUUAUUGGUCUUUAAAAUGAGCUUUUUUCUACUUGUACAAAUUGGGCCACACCAUGAGAUCAGUUCUUUAAUUUUUUGAUUUUAUAUCAGUAUGUUAGAAGCACAAUCUCUAUUAUGGCAGUGCUGACCAGAUGAUUCAUACACACAGGCAGCUGCUCACCUCCUCCAAGGCUCAUGUUGACCUCUCAGAUUCACUUAAAGGACCAAAGAUAAGUUUUAAGCAGGGGCUAAUGGACAGUUGUUAGCAUUAUUAGUUGAGGCAUAAUUUUUUGUGUUGAGCUGCUAGUUAAUCCUUGGCUUGGCUGCCCUGUUAACAUGACAGAUGGUGCAAAUGAAUAAAGGGGCUCUGUCUUGUGCCUCCAUGAUAAGACUGCUUGACCUUGUUCUAUGGAGGCAGGAUUUUGCAAUGUAAAUUAACCCCUCUUAAAUCUUAAAGCUUUGGUCAUUUGUUCUGUAUGCAUUCCACGCAAGUUUGUACCAUUUAUACUUUGUUUUUCUUACGUUUUCAAUGAGUUUUAUGUUAUGGCUGGGUAGCCCAGUUUUGUGUCCAAGACUGCCUUUUUCAGAACCAGAAUGACAUUCGGUUACUUCAGCCACUGCUUUGUAUAUUCUGAUUAACAAAUAAAUUGUCUUUUUACUUAAGUUUA